AUGGCUACUCCUACUGUGCUUACCUUCGAUGCUGAGGGCCGUGCGGUCGAUUUUGAGGUUUGGGUGGAUGACUUGCAGCUCUAUCUUCAGUGCGACUCCAAGGACGGAGUCUCACUGUUCGAUCACACGUCCGGCGCUUCUGUUGCACCUGCUGUUGACGCUGAUAUUACGGUACGCUCUCUGUGGACUACUCGUGACGUUAUUACCCGCCUUGCUGUUCGUAGUGACCUGCCAUCCGCUGAGCGCGCGCACUUUGGCCAGUACAAGUCUCUGUACAAUGCUGUUGUCGCACGCUACUCCUUCCCUGCCUCUGCUCCCCUCAGCCGCCUCAUGCUACCGUACUUGUUCCCUGACCUAGCCGCGUUUGCUACAGUCGCUGACCUCAUCACUCACCUCACCACCAGUGACACCCACUACCGCGUUGCGCUUCCCUCCGAGUUCUGCGCCAAGAACCCCCCCCCCCCCAUGUACAUCACCCUCUUCUACCUUGUCACCCGCCUCCCUGACUCUCUCCGCUCAGUCAGGGACCACUUUCUCUCCCUUUGCCCCACUGAGCUCACCAUCGACCUGCUCAAGGAGCGCCUCCUUGCAGCUGAGGCUAGCAUAGUCGCUGCAGGAGCUUCUCGUGGCGUCCCUCACACCCCUUUCUUUGAGGGGUGCUCCCCCGUCCCCCCUUUGCCCUCUAUUGCUUCUACUGCUGCUGUCGACCUCGUUGGCACUGAGGCGAUCGGGGCUGCGUCUGCUGCUAAUGCGCCAGCAGCAGCCGCGUUCCUGCGACCGCCCUGGAGAGACAUGCGGCCUGCCGCACGCUACGCAGCGCUGUUUCUGUUGCCGAACUCACGCCUGGCGCGCACAGUUUCCUGA